CAUGCGCUCCGGGCGGGCUGGCGGCGGAGGGGCAUUACAAUGGAAGAUGAGGAGGUCGCCGAGAGUUGGGAGGAGGCGGCCGACAGCGGGGAAAUAGACAGGCGACUGGAAAAGAAACUGAAAAUCACCCAGAAGGAAAGCAGGAAAUCCAAGUCCCCACCCAAAGUGCCGAUCGUCAUUCAGGACGACAGUCUUCCUUCGGGCCCGCCACCGCAAAUCCGGAUCUUGAAGCGGCCCACCAGCAACGGAGUGCUGACUAACCCCAACUCUUCCAGCCGACCUGCCUUCCCGGUGAAGUCCCUGGCCCAGAGGGAGGCCGAAUACGCCGAGGCCAGGAAGCGGAUUCUGGGCAGCGCCAGUCCCGAAGAGGAGCAAGAGAAGCCCAUCCUUGACAGGCCCACAAGGAUCUCCCAGCCGGAAGAAUCCAGGCAGCCCAGCAAUGUGAUCAGGCAGCCGCUGGGCCCCGACGGUUCGCAGGGCUUCAAGCAACGCAGAUAGGCUUGGCUGGCUGACCAGCCAGUAU